CUGUCUUUGUAGUUCAAGACUCUAGCUUUCAGAAAACACUAGUUUUGACUGCUGAUAGAGUAAACUGUUAUAAUUAGAUACAUAUUGCUACGGAAAAUGGAGUCACGCUUGCUUCUUCUUGUGGUGGUUUUGUUCUUCUGCAUGGCGGUGGUUUCAUCCGAACAUUCUACCAUUGAAGACCAUGAAACGCAGGCGGUGGUGAAAGGAGCAAACAGAAGGCUUUUACCAUUCCUGAACUGUGAAGGGUUGUGCAAUCAGAGGUGCAGUAAGCACUCGAGGCCAAACGUGUGCACAAGGGCAUGUGGUACCUGCUGCAUGAGGUGCAAAUGUGUUCCUCCCGGCACCGCUGGCAACAGAGAAGCCUGCGGGACCUGCUACACUGAUAUGACUACUCACCACAACCACCUCAAGUGCCCUUAAUUAUCACAAAUUAUGAAUUACCUCCUUAAGUAAUCGGAAAUCACGGGAAGCGAGAAAUGCCCAAAAGGAAAUAAAUAAAUUUCAGCAGAACUCAGAUGCUGUAUGAUGUUUUUGUAUAUGUAUUUCGUUAUAUAUAAUAUAUAUAUAUCUGGAUUUUAAAUUU